AUGGUUGCCUGGAAAGCCUCCGUCGCGGCAUUGGCCGGCGUCGCGACUCUCGUCUCGGCCUCUUCGAAGAGGGACGAGGUUGCGCCUACGAUUGGGAAGACUACAGUCCCAGGCGCAUUCAUCCUCGAACUUGCCGAUGAUCAGGAUGCCGCCAGUCUAAUGACAAAGCUUGAGUCGGAAGCAGGCCUCGCCAAAGUAUCACAGCGCUUGUCUCUCAACUCCAAGAUCUUCAAGGGCGUCUCCGUCAAUGUCGAGAACGCCAACGACGAGACGGCUGCGAAGAUUGCCAGCCUGGUGCAGGUCAAGCAACUCUGGCCUGUGCCCCUGAUCUCUGUGCCCAAGCUCGACAUCACCUGGACUGGAAAGGACAAGUCGACCACCUCAAAGUACAAGCGCCAGGCCAACUCGACCGAUACCUGGCCGCCUCAUGUCAUGACCCAGGUUGACAAGCUCCGUGCUAAGGGGUACACCGGCCAAGGUCUCAAGAUCGGCAUCGUCGACACUGGAAUUGACUACACCCACCCGGCCCUAGGCGGCUGUUUCGGGCCUGGUUGUCUGGUAGAGUACGGCGAGGACAUCGUUGGUGACUCGUAUGACGGCACGAAUACCCCGGUACCAGACGAUGACCCGUUUGAGAACUGCCUGGGCCACGGCACCCAUGUUGCCGGCAUCAUUGCGGCGAUGGAGAAUCCCAUGGGCUUCACUGGUGCUAGCCCCGAUGUCAAGUUGGGCAUGUACCGAACCUUUGCAUGCAACGGCCAGACGACGGGUGAUGUCCUCAUGGCCGGUGUCAUCAAGGCUUUUGAGGAUGGCUCGGAUAUCAUCACCGGCUCCAUUGGCGGACCAAGCGGAUGGGCCGGUGAGGCGUUUGCCCUUACUGUCGCGAGGAUCGUGGAUGCCGGCGUUCCUUGUACUUUUGCAGCAGGCAACGAGGUCGGUGGCACCGAGGGUCUGUUUGGAAUCAGCACGCCGAGCACCGGCAAUGGAGUCAUCUCCGUCUCUUCAUACCAGAGCCAAGGUGCGGACAGCCCCGGAACGGUGUCCGCUUACACGAGCUGGGGCCCAACCUUCGAGCUUACUCUCGCUCCGAGCUUCGGUGCGCCCGGGGCUGGUAUUCUAUCGACUUGGCCGGUGGCCCUUGGUGAAUAUGCCGAAGCGUCUGGAACAUCGAUGGCGACGCCUCUUGUAGCUAGCAUUGUCGCCCUGGUCUCCCAGGCACGAGGAACAAGAGACCCCGACUUGAUCAAGCGUCUCCUCGCAUCCACCGCAAAACCGAGCCUCUCCCAAAACUACGGUGUCCCCAACAUUGAUGCCGGACUCGGCCCCGUCCCGCAACAGGGCGCCGGCAUGGUUCAAGCCUACGACGCAGCCUACGCUACAUCCGUCGUCAACGUCGCCGGCCUUUCCUUCAACGACACCGACAAUCUCGUCUCCGAGGCCUCUUUCACGGUCACCAACGUCGGCGAAACGCCCGCCACGUACAACGUCUCCCACGUCCCGGCUCUGACGGCGAUCACGCUGUCUGACAUCUACCGCAGCAGCUCCCCGGACUUGGAGACUGUCUUCGCCAGUCUGACCUUUGAGCCGUCCUCGUUCACCCUCGAGCCGAAUGCCACAGGUGAAAUUCGUAUUAGUGUACUUCCUCCCCAGGGCCUCAACGCUGCUUCCCUGCCUAUAUACUCCGGCUUGGUCGCCCUUAACGGCACCAACGCCGACGGCGACAUCGCGCUGUCUGUGCCGUACAUCGGUGCCGCGGGCUCCAUGAAGAACGUCACUGUCCUUGCUUCCAAUCGUAUUUGGCUCAGCCGCAGCGACGACCCGCUCGGGUCUGAGGUCGCAGCCAACACCACCUUCCAAUUUGCUACCCCCGCGGAGCAUCCCGACUGGGCGCAGCCUCUGCUCAACACGACGGAUCUGGUCUUGCCGGUUGGUGCGCUGCCUGAUCAGUUUGUCUGGCUGGUCAUGGGCAGCGCCGAGGUCCGCAUGGAGAUUGUACCGCUGGAGGAGAACCCGGACGCGAAGGACAACGGGCUUGGGGUCAUCACGCUGGGCAAUGUCGCGGGGUACCCCGUGACAUAUCGCAGACCCAUCGGUUGGACGAGCCCGUGGGACGGUACGUUGGCUGACGGGUCUUGGGUUCCGGCUGGAUGGUACCGCCUUAGCAUCUUUGCGCUGAAGAUCGCGGCGGACAGGACUGUGCCUGAGGGCUGGGACCGGUAUGACUCUCCCGAAUUCUUCGUUCGGUAUGUAGAUACGUAG